AUGAUGACUAUAUCGUUACUUUUAUCCUUGCUGCUCAUUGCCCUUGCUUUGAAGCCUUUUCCUGUGGUUGCUGAAGCUGCUCCUGACCCAGUACUUGACAUCGAGGGAAAGAAGCUCCGGUCCGAGGUUGAUUACUACAUCCUGCCAGUCAUCCGUAGGAGAGGCGGUGGUGGCCUCACCCUGGCCAGCACUGGGAACGAGACUUGCCCUCUUGAUGUUGUCCAAGAACAACAUGAGGUAUCAAACGGUCUCCCAUUGAUGUUUAUGCCAGUGAACCCCAAGAAAGGUGUGAUUCGUGUGUCCACUGAUCAUAACGUCGAGUCCUCUGCUGCCACAAUCUGUGUACAAUCCACUGUGUGGAAGCUUGACUAUGACGAAUCAUCGGGACAACGGUUUGUCACAACUGGUGGGGUUGAAGGGAACCCGGGGCGUGGAACUUUGAGCAACUGGUUCAAGAUCGAGAAAUAUGAAGAUGACAACAAUCUGGUCUUCUGUCCAACAGUGUGUGAUUUCUGUAAGCCUGUUUGUGGGGACAUUGGCAUUUAUAUCCAGGAUGGAUAUAGGCGCUUGGCUCUGAGUGAUGUGCCCUUCAAGGUUAUGUUCGAGAAGGCUUGA